CGUAUUCGUGAUUCUGGUUCGGCCUUUUUGCGGUGUCGCGAGUGGUUCUGAGCUCGGAAACCCAAUCCUUCCCCGCUGAGAAAACAGGUUCCCGAUCGAACAGCGGCGAAUCGGAGCUCGAAGGGCAGCGCCAAGGAUGAGCGAGCACUCCCUCGACAACAGGAUCGAAAAGACGCAACAAUACCCACAGUCCCCGGCGGGAAGCAUGGCCACCCCUGGAAAUUCCUCGGGGGGAUCCCYUCCCAACCCGCAACCGCAGCACGCCCGGCAGCCCCCCACGCCGCCGCGGCAGAGAGUCCCCCUCCGCCGGACCAGCAGCGGGAGCGGCGGGAAUAUGCAGCGAAAGGGCGCGGACGUGGCGGCCCGGGCCGCCCAGGCCAUGGCAGCCGUGGCCCAGGCCGCCAGCGCCAGCAACAAGUCCCCCGCCGAGGCCGCCGAGAUUGCCAGGGCGCACGCCCACAACCUUUCCAAGAAGCAGAACCCCCAGCAGCAACAGCAAUUGCUCGCGAGGCAGCAACAGCAGCAACAGGCACACCGACGGGGACCGGGCCAGCAGGCACCGRCGCAGGUCCGGCCGGAACCGAGAAAGAUCCAGCCGGUUCCUCUCGAAUCCGUCAAGAGCUUGCUGCGCUCGGAGAUUGCGACCCGCGGCGAUYCGGGCAAGGACCAGGACGCGUCGUGGAGCAGCAGCAAGCAGCUGCAAAAACUGGCCAACGGAGAAAACGACUCUUUCCUGCAGCAGCUGUUGCUGAUGGAGUAUCUGAAGGACGGCGAGGUAGGAGCGGGAACGGAAUCCACCAAAACCAGCGKGGAAGGCAGUGCCGACGGCAGCGAUGCCAAGUCGGAGAACUGGAAGACGACCUUUGCCUGCGAGCGCGUCAAGUUUCUCCUGCGGCAGAUCGAGGUGGCCUACGACACGAUGGAGGGCAUGCUGCCCCGGGUGGCAAAGUCCGGCUCGUCCAGCGACACCCCGAUCGGUGGCGACACGUCCUUUGGCAGCGACGGCUACGACCUCGACGACGACCUGGACGCUCCGGUGGUCAUUCCCGACUUUUUGCCCCCCUGCACCACGAAACGGGGGGACAACACGCUCGAGUUUUUCCGGGCCUGYGCGGGAGAAUACCGUCCCGGUGACAUUCUGGGAGAGGACCCCAUCGAUGCCCUGAUUGCCAAGAUGGAGAGCGCCGACGCGGAAGACCAGCCUCCGACGAAACAGGGCGACGACCACAACGAUUCUAGGAGCGCCACGUACUCGGAAUCGGAGGCCACUCUGUCGACGGCUGCCUCCUCGAACACAACCUCGUCCUUGUUUUCCUCCAUGUUUGGCAUGAGGCGYCCGUCCUUGCGGAAUGUCGGUGGCGGUGGCGGUGCCAAUGCCAACGCUGGUGCCAACAAGCCGUCCUUUUUGUCGUCGUUUUCGAAGCGAGCCAGGAGGASCACCAAGCUGCUGGACGACGAAGACGGCAACGGAAACGGGAUCGGURCCCUUUCGGACUACGAGUGCGAGCCGGGAGAGUAUUGCGUGGUCAUCGAACGAGAAAUGCUCGGCCUGACGGUGGAGAACGUCCUGGAAMGGACGGUCGUCCGGACCGUCUUGGAGACUGGGCCCGCCAAGAAGGCCGGAGCCAAGGUCGGAUCGCUGAUCGUCAAAGUCGGGAACAUCGAAACGAAGAACCUCACCCACUUUGAAACGAUCGACGAGCUGCGGCAGAGCCAGCGACCGCUGCUCCUGGUCCUGCGCCAGAUCCCCGAGGAGGCCCUGCGGGCGGCGCGGGAAGAGAUGGGACGCCUGAUCCGUGGAUCGGGCUUUGGCAAGAUCAUCGACGGACCGGGGGGCCCCAACGCGAGCCCACACGCCGAGCCUCCCAACCAGGCGAUGAAGAACAUUGGCGUGUAYUCCGGAAUCAUCCGAAAGAGGUGGAUCGAGGCCGUCAACCUGACGCCCCGCAGCAAAAAAUGCGAGCCGAUUCUCCGGGUCGGAGAAAAACUGAUAUGGAUCAUGACCCUGUUUGUGGUAGGGUUGGAACGCGAGGCGGAGCGGCUCUYCGAGCUCGCGGGUUCUGCGGCCGCCGCYGCCUCKCCCCGGUCGCAGCACUCCCAGUACCACCACUCGGCGCAGGACUACGCCGAUGCCGCCAAGAGUGCGUCCAAGGUGCUCUACGACUUUGUCAAGAACCGAAUGGACCCGAGCCUGCUCAUCCCACCACCCCAGCCCGCCCCCCCGAUGGGGGGCCGCGGCCCGCGGGGGGGUCCCAUGCGCGGWAGGGGCGGCAGGGGUGGCCGCGGAAGAGGCGGACGGGGGGUGCCGGGCCACCCGCCCCACCAGGCACCGGGCCUGUCGAGCGACAAGCUGCUCCUGCAGAUCGGCGACGUCCUUCACCGCAUGAGGACCUUCCUCGCCGACCCGCUGUCGCCGCCCGCCGCCAUGGUCCGCGGCGACCUCAUUGCCUGCCUGUGCGACAUACUCGACGCGGACACGGAAAUGAAGCUCUCGGACGAGGAGAACUUUUCGUCGACCCAGGGCGGAAACGCGGGGCCCAUUGCAGAUCUGGGCGCCGCGGGAAGCUUGCUGAAAUUGAUUGUUCUSAACUGUCCUAUCAUGAGAAGYCCSGAGUGCGAACAGAUCUCGGCGGAUGAACGAGACAUUGACAAGGAAGAAAUGGCGCGUCGAUUUGGCAAAAAGAAAGAGGAGUACUCCAGCAUCGAUUACCAUCGRAUGCACGCCGGAAACAGGUUUUUGGCAGUGGUGCACAGGCUGGCCGCGAGUCGKAGCACCAGUGCUAGGAUUACGGCUUGCUCGCUGGGUCCCGUUUUGUGGAGUCGUUUGGACUUUCCCCACCAGCUGCAGGUACGUCGGGAGGACGAGUCUACCCUGCUUUUGUGUUUGGUUAUUGUUCCCCGUGCUUUGUUUGGCUGUUUCCUAACACUCUGACUUUCGUUUCSAUUCACUGUGUUACAGCUGAGAGGGGUCAUCACACGAGCACUGCACGAUGUGGAAGUGAUUGUGCGAAAAUCGACGGCCACCGUGCUCCACGAGAUCGCCGAGCUYGUSUACGAUUCACGGUGUGUUCCUUGGCUUGUGCUCAUGUGUGAAAGAGCCAUGACAGAUCCCGAACCRCAAUUGCGGUCUGCGGCCAUGACCCUGACCUGGCAUCUUGCUGAGCAUUUGCCGAACGCAUUUCUMGGAGACGCCAGCAAGGGAAGUCGUUAUCUCCGACGCCUUCCCAGCCGAGAAGAUCCAAUUUUUGCGGACGUGUAUCUCCUCCAGUGUAAGCUGUUGCCGGUUGCCACUCGGCUUGCGGAAGACCGAGCACCCCACGUUCGACUGGCGGUUGCAGCUCAGUGCGAACGUCUGUGCGAUGCCCUUGGCGAUCACUGGUCGAGCGUCAUUAUUGACGUGCUUGUGGCGUUGCUUACGGAUUCGGACGAACGAGUGCGAGGGGAGGCUGUUUUGUGCGUUCCACGYCUAGCAGACAUYGUACUUUUGUCGUCUCCUCCAGGGGUGGUUCCUGCUGGAGAGUCUAGUGUGCUCGAUGCUCUCCUUCCUGCUGCCAUUAAGCUCCARAAAGAUCCCUCUUCGUCUGUUCGAGUAGCACUCGCAACUGCGGCAGGCGARAUGCUGACUCUUCUCGUUGGUCUUCAGCGAGCAGGAGAACUGCCAUUGAAGGAUCCGAUGGGCGGUGGUAUGGGUGGAGCAAUCAGCAUUCGAUACGAAAAACGUCACGUKGAUGACCGAUUAAUACCUUUGGUACAACAACUAUUGCACGACGCGGACCCCGAAGUCACGAGUUCCGCUCUUCGUGCUGUAACAAAUGCUUCGAGAGGCUCGAGCAAGGAUGCUCGUCCAAGAUUUGAUACCAAAGACGAUGAUACCAUGUCCAUAACUUCGAUGCAAUCACAGACAACGGCAAGUAGCCUUGAUAACAAGCCUGUCUUUUUGCCCGUUCUAUCCGAAGAGCAAGUCCUGCGUCUUUUGCCAACGUUGUCGGAGCUCGCGAAUAGCAAACAGUGGAGGGUGCGACAAAGCGCAGUCGAAAUCGUUCCAGCACUUCUUGGUUGCACCGAUAAGUUCGAGACUCGCGCCGACAUUGCCCGCAUGUGCAUACGAUUGACGAAAGACAGGGUGGAUACUGUGAGAAAAACAGCGGCAGAAUGUCUGUGUUUGGGAGGAACUGGGCUCGGAAGCCACGGCGARGAUGCUAGUGGAGAAUGGAUUACUGCUCUUGUCAUACCUCAAAUCCAAGCUUGUGCUAAGGACAAGGACUACCGCCAACGACUCCUUUGCCUCAAAAUGGUGGARGUCAUACUUAUAAACAAUGUUUGUCCAGCGAAGUGGAAGAACGAAGCAGCCAACGCCCAUGGUAAAAAUACCCCCCUCAGAGAGCUCCUGAAAUUGACUCUUUCCCUUGCAGAUGACAAUAUUGCAAACGUUAGACUAAAUGUUGGUAGAGUUCUUGGCACAGUAAUCAAUGUUUUCGGAGAAGACGAGUGCAGAGUCAUCAAAUAUGCACUUCUUCAACAGAUGAAGAAAGAAAAAGCUAUGGAGGGAAGGCGUGAUCGAGACGUUAAUUUCUAUGCAAACAAAUGUCUCGAAAGGCUCAGAACAAAGCCGUAUGGCGAAACCGAUACAUCUACAGAGGCAACAUCAUCAGAAUCGGCGCCCAAGGUCGAAAAUGAAAACAGACAAAUGAUAUAGAUUAGCUAUCAUAGUUUAUGCCG